AUGACGACGCCGAUGUUUGCGAUGAUCUGCGCCAACAACGUCAACCGCAGCACGGAGGCCCAUGACCACCUGCACGCUGCGGGCCUGCGCGUGUGCUCCUUCGGCGCCGGCAACAAGGUGCGCUUCCCGGGCCGCAGCCGCUACGAGCCGCACAUCUACGAGUUCUUCACGCCGUACGAGGUCAUGUACCGCGAGCUCAAGGCCGAGAACGAAGCGCUCUUUCGCCACAAUGGCGUGCUGGCCAUGCUCGAACGCGACAUUUUGACCAAGAAGGCGCCGCAAAAGUGGCAGGACAACUCGACGACCGACCUCGCGCAGCUCGACGUCGUCGUGUGCUUUGAAGAUCGCAUCUUUGACAUCGUCCUCGAAGGUAGUCUUCCGAUCGCCAUGCUGCUCUGA